CUUCUAGACCAUCUCUGCACCAUCACCACCAUGAAGCUGCUAGCAGCGACUGUGCUGUUGCUCACCAUCUGUAGCCUUGAAGGGGCUUUGGUUCGAAGACAGGCAAGGGAGCCGGAUCUGCAGAGCCUGUUCUCUCAGUACCUGGAGACCUUCGCCGGCUUUGGCAAGGACCUCAUGGAAAAGGCCAAGAGCCCAGAGCUUCAGACCCAGACCAAGGCUUACUUUGAAAAGACACAGGAGCAGCUGACGCCCUUGAUCAAGAAGGCCGGAACUGACCUCGUCAAUUUCUUCAACAAUCUCAUGAACCUCAAGAAGCAGCCCACUGCCCAAUGAGGGGUCCACAUCAUUGUCUUCCAACUCCAGUUGGCCCCUUGAACGUCCACUGCCCAGUCCCUGCACCUGCCUCCCCUCCUUACCUAUCCAUGUUUCCUACAAUAAAUGAUUAAGGAGUCAA